AUGUUCUCUGCUGUGAUGAUUUUCGUCCUUUUUCGGGUGGUUUCCUCAAAUGAAGAACAAGGGUUGGAUUUUAUCCGAACACGUAAUCACUCAAGCGACGUAGAACCGUCAAAGAGUCUGCGUUCUAAAAAGUUUUUAUCGUCCAGAGUGAUUGCUCCUCACAACAACGUCAUCCUUUCCGAUAUUGGACCUCCCAGAUUGAUUUCUGGUCAGAACGUCACCAUUUCCGAUACUGGACCGCUUUGCAGGGCGUAUGUACCAUUUUGGGAUCGUGUGCCGCUUUCCAACAUCGUAGCAGAGAAGAUUUUGGCAGGACUUUCUAAUCAAUUGUUUCGAGUCAGUGUGAGCGAAGAUUUUCCUACCAGAUCAAAGCUAAGAUAUCCAGAUGUUCUUCUGCGAGUUUAUGGCGCUGGUGCAUUUUAUAAGAGAGAGGCUGAAGUGAAGAUUUUCAAUGAACUAGGACGUCGACAAAUCUCACCCAAGUUGAUCGCCGAGUUUGAGGUACUCAAAGUCUCCUGGCGUUAUUGA